AUGGAAUCCCAGCGGCAGAUACUAGAGGGAGAAACUGCAUCUGACAAUAUUUCUCAGGAUGAAGUGCUGCCUAACAAAUCUAGAGUCACAGUUGUUGGCAGUGGCAAUUGGGGCAGUGUGGCAGCCAAGCUUAUUGCCUUCAACGCUCUUAAGCUUAGCUCUUUCCACGAUGAAGUGAGAAUGUGGGUAUUCGAGGAGACAUUGCCAAGUGGUGAAAAACUCUCAGAUGUCAUCAAUCAAACGAAUGAAAAUGUCAAAUAUCUUCCUGGCAUAAAGCUUGGGAAGAAUGUUGUGGCAGACCCGGACCUUGAACAUGCAGUAAGGGACGCAAACAUGUUAGUAUUUGUUACUCCCCAUCAAUUCAUGGAGGGUAUAUGCAAAAGGCUAGUAGGAAAGAUAAGGGAAGAUGCGGAAGCAAUUUCCCUCAUUAAAGGAAUGGAGGUCAAGAUGGAAGGUCCAUGCAUGAUCUCAACCCUAAUCUCAAAACAACUUGAAAUUGAUUGUUGUGUUCUAAUGGGAGCAAAUAUUGCUAAUGAGAUUGCAGUUGAGAAGUUUAGUGAAGCAACAGUUGGAUACAGACAGAACAGAGAGGUCGCAGAGAAAUGGGUUCGGCUAUUCAGUACUCCUUCCUUCAUGGUCACAGCUGUUCAAGACGUGGAAGGAGUCGAACUAUGCGGAACCCUCAAGAAUGUUGUGGCGAUAGCAGCAGGUUUUGUGGAUGGCUUGGAGAUGGGAAAUAACACGAAGGCUGCAAUAAUGAGGAUCGGUCUGAGAGAAAUGAAGGCCUUCUCCAAGCUGUUGUUCUCUUCUGUUAAGGAUAGCACCUUCUUUGAGAGCUGUGGCGUAGCUGAUCUGAUAACAACUUGCUUAGGAGGAAGAAACAGGAAAUGUGCAGAAGCUUUUGCCAGGAAUGGCGGGAAAAGGUCUUUUGAUGAGCUAGAAGCAGAGAUGCUUCAGGGGCAGAAAUUGCAGGGUGUCUCGACAGCCAAAGAGGUUUAUGAGGUUUUAAGCCACCGUGGAUGGUUAGAAUUGUUCCCCCUUUUCACAACAGUACAUGAGAUCUGCAUUGGUCGUCAUCCACCAUCAUCCAUUGUUGAGUAUAGUGAGCACAAGCCCAAGUAACCCUGUUGGAAGGGGCUGCCCAGGUUUCUUGAUUCUUCAUGGACACAGUAACAAAUAUAGCAUAUCACAAUUUUGAAGUCUAUAUAAGCAGCUUUCUUCGGCAGUACCAUGAAUCACCAUUACCAAAGGAAAACAGUGUGAAGCAUAAAUUAGGUCAAACUCUGUCCUGCCAAUUUGUUUUAUCAGUUGGCAAUGUGACCCCAACACAGCUCUCAUAGGUCUGAAACACAUGUUAGAAAGAUUCAAUAUAUAGUAGAAG